AUGUCUGUUAUUCCAGAAAACGCCAACGUCACCGUCUUGAACAAGAACGAAAAGAAAGCCAGAGAAUUGAUCGGCAAAUUGGGCUUGAAGCAAAUCCCAGGUAUCAUCAGAGUCACUUUCAGAAAGAAGGACAACCAAAUCUAUGCUAUCGAAAAGCCAGAGGUCUUCAGAUCCGUCGGUGGUAACUACGUCGUUUUCGGCGAAGCCAAGGUCGACAACUUCACUCAAAAGCUAGCUGCUGCCCAACAACAAGCUCAAGCUAGUGGUAUCAUGCCAUCCAACGAAGAUGUUGCUACCAAGUCUCCAGAAGACAUUCAAGCUGACAUGCAAGCUGCUGCUGAAAGCAGUGUCAACGCUGCUUUGGAAGAAGAAGAUGCAGGUGAGGUCGACGCCGGCGACUUGAACAAGGACGAUAUCGAAUUGGUUGUUCAACAAACUAACGUCUCCCAAAACGAAGCCAUCAAAGCUUUGAAAGCCCACAACGGUGAUUUAGUCAACGCUAUCAUGUCUUUGUCUAAAUAA